GUUUAUAGAUAGAGAAGCUCAGAGAGAUUAAAUGAUUGGGCCAAUCACUUCUCUGGCAGCUGUUUCUUUAUCUGUAACAUGAGGCAGUUGAACUAUAUAUUCCUUUACAACAACAAAACAUUUAUCAUUCUGGACAUGCUUAGAUUUAGACAGCAAUUUGGAAGCAAAAAUCAGUUUCAUAACUCAGGUGUAUCUCUACUAUUAAUAGCUCAUGAUGGAAAAUAAAGUCCGGCGCGCCCUGGGCAAGUGGCUUGUGCAGUAGCUCACCUCUCCUCUGUAGCGCUCUGCGCAAGGGCAGGACAGGAGCGAGUCCGGUGCAGCUGCGGAACGGACUUUGCAGGCGAUGGGGACGUAUUUUUGGAAAGAACCCAAGAAAGGAAGUGUGCUACGCCAUAGAAGGCCCCCACUUCCGGCUGCCACGGGGAGGGUGUGGGGUCAUUCGCGGGUGGGCUGCUCCAGGAGGGCUUCAUCCUUUGGGUCUCUGGUGACUGGCAGAGGCGGCCGCGGGGUCCCUACCGGCUUGUUCUGGUGGCGGACCGGACGGGCUGACCUUGGCUGCUGCUGUUUCCAGCUUGCAGUCCAGGGUCGGAGCCAAUGGCUGCUUGGGCCGCCGCCAGCCUGAGCAGGGCCGGUGCCCGAUGCUUGUGGGCACAAAGUCUCGGUGUCCGGGCGGCUCCUCCACGCGCCCCCCAGCCCUUCCAGCCCGAUCCCCUGGGCUGCGGCUCCGCUCCUGGCAGGACGCUGCACCUGACCGCAGUGGCCCCAGCCGGGCACAAUAAGUGGUCCAAAGUCAGGCACAUCAAGGGGCCCAAAGACGCCGAAAGGAGUCGCAUCUUCUCCAAACUCUGUUUGAACAUCCGCCUGGCGGUUAAAGAGGGAGGCCCCAACCCUGAGCUCAAUAGCAACCUGGCCAACAUCUUAGAGGUGUGUCGCAGCAAGCACAUGCCCAAGUCAACGAUUGAGGCAGCGCUGAAAAUGGAGAAAACUAAGGACAUAUAUUUGCUGUAUGAGGCUCGAGGCCCUGGUGGCUCUUCUCUGCUCAUUGAGGCAUUGUCUAAUAGUGGCUCCAAGUGUCAGUCGGACAUUAAACAAAUCCUGAACAAAAAUGGGGGAGUGAUGACUGAAGGAGCUCGUCACUCCUUUGACAAAAAGGGGGUGAUCGUGGUUGCAGUGGAAGACAAAGAAAAGAAAACUGUGAACCUAGAGCGUGCCCUGGAGCUGGCAAUUGAAGCAGGAGCUGAGGAUGUCAAAGAAACUGAAGAUGAAGAAGAAAAUAACAUUUUCAAAUUUAUUUGUGAUGUUUCAUCACUGCAUCAAGUGAGGAAGAAGCUGGACUCCCUGGGCCUGUGUUCUGUGUCCUGUACACUAGAGUUCAUCCCCAACUCAAAGGUGCAGCUGGCUGACCCCGACCUGGAACAAGCUGCUUAUCUCAUCCAGGUUCUCAGCAACCACGAGGAUGUGAUCCACGUCUAUGACAACAUUGAGUAACCAGGUCGUACGUGCCCCCAGCUUCCUUCCUAGGCAAGUGGCAGCCCAUUCUGGAACACAGGCUUCUGCAGUGGUCUCUGAGAAUAAAGCAGAAGGCGGGUACCUAGCAGGUCAGGAGGCCUACAGCUAGGACUUGUGGCCUUGAGGCCAAGGGAACCGCACACUUCCAUGGGACCUCUUUGUCAGCUCUGCUGCUGUCUUAGAGCCCUUCUGGAUGAGCCUCCUGACCACCUCCUGGAUGCAAGGGGGGCCACCUAGCUGGUCAGACUCUGAUCUCAGGUAGUUGGCCCUUGUGGGGGUUGUAAGUGCCCCGAGGCCCUGUGUACUAGAAACUGCUUUUAAAUAAUAACAGUGAUUGAUCUUGGUUGCUGCA